UUCAGACAUUCACGUUUAGUAAGAUCGUGUCCCUAAAUCUGAUCAUGUUCGGCUUUCAGCAGACGAAAACGGCUGAUAAUGAGUCUACAAAGCAAGCAGUAGAUCCUGGCUUUCCAGAGACAGAUGUUACUCUUAUCGUAGAAGAUCAGAAGAUUCAUGUCAACAAAGCGGUCCUUUCUGAACAUUCACCUGUGUUCGGCACCAUGUUCAAGAGUCAAUUCAAGGAAAGGUCUGCAAAAGAGAUAACAUUAGUCGACAAGAAAGCAGCAGAUGUUGUUGAAUUUCUGAAGAGUUUCUAUCCGAACAUGAACCAUCCCAUAAAUAGUAAUAAUGUACUGCAGGUUCUGCCUUUAGCACACGAGUACCAGUCCCCUCUUGUGGCAGAUUGUGAAGACUUUAUGAUUGCAAUGUGUAAACCAGACAAAGGGUUGGCCAUCAGUACACUGCUGGACUACAUCUUGGCAGGGGACAAAUACGGCUUGACGAGGUUUCUAGAGGCUGCUGUGGAAUUCUGUGCCAAUAUUGAUUACCAACUUUUAAGUGGAAAGUCCAACUCUGUUGACCCACCUUUUGCUAUGAAUAUUAGUAAUAGAUCUGAGGCAACAAUAGCCAAACCUAUUUCUUGGAAAUUCUCUGAAAUAGAAUUAAAAACUCGAUUUGCAAUAGCAGAGAAAAGGCUAUCACUACUAGAGAAAAGUAAGAGUGUUGUGUUAUCAAAAAAGAAAUCUUUUCACCGCGUUCCAAUAGUAUGAAACCAAUCAGAAAAAGUAAAAAGUUAUUUGUAAUUUUUACUAAGUGCAUCAUUUUAUGGCGCACUACAGGGAUGUAUUUAAAGCCCAUUUUGUAUUUUGUGUCUUGACACAAACAAUUUUUUAUCAUUAAAGCUUGAGUCUUGA